UAUAUGUACUAUCUUAUCAUAUAAGACGCAACAGCGUCGCUCGCUUUGUUCGCUUGCGGCCGACUAGAUUUUGUAUUUAUACAUCGUAUAGGUGGCUCAGAGUAGGUGAUGGUUAUGAAUGUUUUGUCGACUUGUCGGUUCUGUUUGCGGAGCGUCACGGCUGCGCGGGGGGGUGGCGUAAACCCGAAAUAGAAGCGCGGAUUGGAAACGCAGCGACGUGGCAACAGCGCCACUGUGCGUUCAGUGUAGGUUCAAAAUGGCGCCUGUGCGUGAUCGAUACCGUGGUAUUCUGGUUAAAAUGUCCGUAUUUGUGAAUUAUCUGGUUGUUGGUCGGCCCGAAUGGUGCUCUGGAAACGCGGGGUGUGCGCCUCGCAAGCCGGUGCCCGACCUCAAUGUGAACGUGUGAUGGUGUGAUCAUCGCGAUGAUGAAACGCACGGGUCCCAGGCUCGGACCUGAUGAACCGACGCCGAUGUCGCAGAGUCCCGCUCAGAUACAACAGGCGGGCGCAAGUAACAUGCAUACCCUGGCCCAAUCGGCCCAACCUCAAAUUCUAGGUGCAACAGCAAUGCUGUCGGUGGGCGGCGGGUUCGGGCGCGGGCCGCCGCGAGCCGGCGCGCCGCAAGUGAUCAACUACCUGAAGGCGAACGCGGUGCAGUACGCGCCGCCCAAGCAGCCGCAAGUGCCGCCGAGGGUUAAGCUGGUGUCCCAGCAAACAGGGCUGCCGCUGGGGGGGCGGCAGUCGCCGAGCCCGGCGCCGGCCGGCGGCGCUUCGUUCCAACGCCUCAAAGUGGAGGACGCGCUGUCCUACCUCGACCAAGUGAAAUACAAGUUCAACACGCAGCCGCAGGUGUAUAAUGACUUUCUGGACAUCAUGAAGGAGUUUAAGAGUCAGACUUUAACUUACAGUAUAGACACGCCGGGCGUGAUCACGCGGGUGUCUAACCUGUUCAAGGGCCAUCCGGAGUUGAUCGUCGGCUUCAAUACCUUCCUGCCGCCGGGGUAUAAGAUUGAAGUGCAGAGUAACGGACAGGUGUCCGUGUCGAUGCCGUCCCCCAGCGGUCUGGGCGCGGGCGUCGGCGGCGUGGGCGUGGGCGUCGUCGGCGGCGUGAGCGGCGUGGUCGGCGUGGGCGUGGGCGUGGCGCACGCGCAGCACGCGCCCGCGCCGCCCGGGCCCGGCGGCGUGCUGCUCGGCGUGCACCACGCGCCCGCGCAGCCGCAGCUGCUGCACCUGCUGCCCGUGCAACAGUCUGUCAGUCAAGUGGUGCACAAUUUGUCCGUGAACCCGAGUCCGGCGAACACCUUGCACCAUAUAUCGCAAGCUCACCAGCAGAUAGAGGCAGCUGCUAUACAGCAUCAUACUAGCGGUGGUCCGGCUAGCACGGGCGGCGGUCACGCGACGGCGGCGGGGCAGCCCGUCGAGUUCAACCACGCUAUCGAAUAUGUUAAUAAGAUUAAGUCGCGUUUCUCCCGCCAACCGGACAAGUACAAGCGUUUCCUGGAGAUACUGCACGCGUACCAGCGCGGCCAUCGCGACGUCAAGGAGCCGCAGGCGAAGCAGCAGACCGAGCAGGAGGUGUACUCUCAGGUGGCGAAGUUAUUCGAGAACCAAGAAGACUUGCUGGCGGAGUUUGGUCAGUUUCUACCCGAUGCAAAGGCGGUGACCAAACCGCCGCACUUGCCGCCGCACGCUAGAUCGCCUCCACCACCGGCGCGAGUGGAGCCUGAGCCGGAGAGAUUCACAAGUGCUGCGUCAGCAUCACCACCAUUGCCGCAACAUCCAAUUCAUCAUCCACAGGUCCCAAAGCAUACGACCCCAAGUAACGUGAGCGCUCCGCCGCCGCAACAUCAUCAUCUCAAGAGAUCUCCCAGCUUCUCAUCCUCCACACCACUAUCAUCGGGCGCGCCGCCCGCGAAGAAGGCGCGCGGGUGCGCGGUGGGCGCGGCGGGCGCGGCGGGCGCGGCGGGCGCGGCGGGCGCGCUGCGCGACGUGUCGUACGCGGAGGCGGCCAAGCUGGCAACGGCGCACGAGUACAACUUCUUCGACCGCGCGCGCCAGGCGCUGCGCUCGCCGCACGUCUACGAGAACUUUUUGAGGUGCCUGCUGCUCUUCACGAACGAGAUAAUCUCCUCGUCGGAGCUCCUGUGCGUGGUGUCGCCGUUCCUGUGCCGGCACCCCGAACUGCAGAAGUGGCUGCAGGACUUUCUGGGGCCUGUCUCGCCGCCGCACACACCCACGGCGCCUAAUUCCGGAUACAACAACACGAGUGGCUCGUCCACGCUCCUGGGCUACGAGAGGUCCCGUCUCGGCUCGGAGAGCAAGUCCCGCGAGCCGCUCGGCCUGCCCUCGGCCCUCGCACUGUCCACACCCCUGCGGCAUGACAGACCGCAGACGGAGACUAAUUUGGAUCUAGACCUGUCUACAUGCAAGCGCCUAGGCACUUCGUACUGCGCUCUGCCAAAAGAAGCGGCUUCCAGACGUUGUUCGGGACGCACCGCGUUGUGUAAAGAGGUAUUAAACGACACAUGGGUGUCAAUACCGACGUGGAGUGAAGAUUCCACAUUUGUGACGUCGCGUAAGACGCAAUACGAAGAGUACAUCUAUCGCUGUGAAGAUGAGAGAUUUGAGCUGGACGUGGUGAUAGAAACGAACGCGGCGACGAUACGCGUGCUGGAAGGCGUGCAGAAGAAGCUGUCGCGCAUGGCGGCCGACGACGCCGCCAAGUACCGGCUCGACGACUGCCUCGGCGGCCACUCGCCCACCAUACACCAGCGCGCGCUGCGCCGGAUAUACGGUGAUAAGGUGGCAGUGGAUAUAAUAGCUGGUCUUAAGAAGAAUCCUGUAGUGGCUGUACCCGUUGUGCUGAGGAGGUUAAAAGCUAAGGAAGAGGAGUGGCGGGAGGCGCAGAAGGGCUUCAACAAACAAUGGCGGGAGCAGAACGAGAAGUACUACCUCAAGUCGCUGGACCACCAGGGCAUUAAUUUCAAACAGAACGAUCUGAAGGCGAUGCGCUCCAAGUCCCUAUUCAAUGAGGUGGAGAGCGCGUACGCGGCGAGACGACCCGGCCCCCACUAUAUCGCCGAUUAUAAUAUGACCAGCCGGCAAGAAGCUAUAAAGAUAGUCCGCGACGCGGCCGAGCUGCUGAUACACCACGCGCGGCGGCAGACGGCGAUACAGAAGGCGGAGAAGCGACGCAUCAAGCAGCUGCUGCGGCACUUCCUGCCCGACCUGUUCAGCCAUCCGCGCCAGCCGCUCUCCGAUGAUGAGCGGGAUGAUGAAGACAAGGAAGAGGCGACGAGUCCUGGCAGUCCGACAGCCGGACAGAACGAUGAAAAGAAUAGCGUCAAACAAGAGAAACAAGAGUCGUCCGAGUCGGACAACGCGUCCGACAAGAGCACACGCAACAAUAAGAUCGACAAAGAGAAUAAACCGAAGAACAAUAACAACACGGACACUAAAGAUAGCACAAACCCAAGUAUAAAACGCAGUAGCAGUAAUGAAGACAAUGUUAAGUCGGAAAUGAAGAAUGAUAUGGAUAUUGAGGAUGAUUAUAGAGAUUAUCCACCUAAUGAGGGCCGGUUCGUGUGCACCUCGUCGUGGUACCUGUUCCUCAGGCUACACGCGAUACUGUGCGCGCGGCUAGCCGGCGCGAGGCGGGCGGCGCUAGCGCUGGCUGAGGCGGAGGCGGGCGCGCAUCGACCGCCCAGCGUGGCGGCCGCGCUGCGACUGAAGCCCAACAACCUACCGAACGAGGUGUCGUCACCGGCGGAGUACUACAGCACGCUGCUGGAGCUGGUGAAGGGCGUGCUGGACGGCAACACGGAGGCGUCCGCGUACGAGGACGCGGCGCGCGAGAUGUUUGGCAUCAAGGCGUACCCCGCCUACACUCUGGAUAAGGUCGUGUCCACGGCGGUCAGGCAGCUGCAGCACUGCGUGUCGGAGAGCUGGUCGGUGCGCGCGGCGGAGAUGGCGGCGCGCGGCGGCAUGCGCGGCCCGCUCGCCUACGUGCACAAGGCGGCGCGCUACCUGCGCGCCGACCACACCACCUUCCUCGUGCGCGUGUAUGGUGGUGAUGAGUGCAAGGUGACGUUCGAGUUGCUGGAGCCGGCCGGCGAGGGCCGCACUUCGCCGCAGCUGAACAAUGACAACUCGAGGUUAUCGCCUACUAACCAGUGCGGGCGCGAGAACGGCACGACCGGCGCCAUAAUGACGGCGGCCGCGUGGUCGCGCUACGCGGAGCGCUUCGCGCGGCCCGACCUCACGGCGCGCUGCCACAAGCCCGUGUUCCUGCGCCGCAACGCGCGCCGCACCGGCGGCGACUCGCACGCCGCGCUCGCCGCGUGCGCCGCGCCCGCGCCCGCCGCGCCCGCCGCACCCGCUGCGGCGCACGCGCCCGGUGCGGCGGCGGGCGCGGCGGCGCGCCGCCGCAAGCCGCCCCGCCUGCACGACCACUCGGAGUGCACCAUCGCUAACCCCAUACGGUUCGUAGCAUGCCGUCCGCACCAGCUGUACCGCGCGGGCUGCCUGUCCAGCGCCCGCGCGUCGCACCCGCGCCUGUCCGCGCUGCGCAGGGAGCGGUUCCGCGCCUGGCUCGCCUCCACGCAGCGUCCCACUUAGUUAUCCCACGCGUGGUGAUGGGAUUCGACCACUGAGUGACCAGCGGUGGUGGGAUACCACCGGGCUACGAGUGGUGAAGAGUUUUGGUGCAUCGCAAUGGUGGAGCUGCAAUUAGUGGUGUAUACCACCAGAACUUGAAGUGAAGAAGAUAGCGAAGCAAUGGUGACUAGCACCGACUUGUGGUGGUCCUGCAUAGAAAUUGUGGAGAAACUUUCUCUAAUAACACCAGAUUGACUGCCUCGAGUGGAGCUACCGUCAUGCAACAGUGCUUCCGUCACCAGGUUUUCAUGAAACUGCCACCAAGCUACCUCUAGCUGCACGUAGAGGAGGUUCCACCGCCACCUGCCAUCGCCAAGCUAUCAACAUGUGGUGAUAUUGAAUACUGCAUGCAUCACCAUGGAGCUGUAACCUUGGGAUUCCUUAAGUCUACCGCUGGAAUUGAAUAACCUACUGUUUGUGAACUAUAAGUGAAGCAAUUUUGUAAAAUUAACUACUGUGAUAAUAUGUGAUGUGAUCAGCCUGCCGUUUGAAUGUUGUAUGGAAAUUUAGAUCUGCUAGACUCGAGACAAAAUAUUACAUGCUGUUAAACGCAGUGGAUGUGUCAAUAUAAAUUUCUCAAUACAUACUGGCUGUAACAUUCAGAUAUAACUACAAAAUGUCAAAAAUUAACGGAUUAUUGUGGAUUUAAAACCUGACAUCUUGUACGUUCACUUUACAUAAUGCAAUAGUAGGUCGUUUAGAGAUUAAAAGUGGUAGAUGUCGAACGGUGGCCAAGUGGGCGAUAAGUAAAACUAAGCGAGCUACUUACUUUCCACAUCAAAACUUAAGUGGUCACUGCCUUUUCAAUGUUUAAACGUCAAACACCGCGUACAUUACACGAAAUAUAAUCGUAAAACAAUAUCACUGUAGCACACGAAACCGUCGUAAAGAUGUAAUAAUAAUUAUUUGCGUAAUAAAAUAUGUUUACAUGUAAAAUUGUAAAUAUCUUGUGAUCAUUACAUAAUUAACAGUAGCUCACCGUUGCAGUGAUCACUGUUGUCUCAAAUGUAUAUAGCGUUAAGGUCCCACGGGGGCGAUUAUUGCCCGUUCUGCCCCCGGGGCGUUGCCCGCGCGGGCAACUCGUUGCCCAUGGGCAAAUCUAAGCACACAUACGCUCCGUCGCUAUCGGUUCAUUAUUUUCUACAGCAAUGCUACAUUCCUCUACGCUUUGCUUUUUAUUGUAUUGGAGACCCUCGGCGAUUCUGUCAUUUGGCUGUAAUAUGGAACUAAGUAUUAAAAUACGAUGUGAAUAAAAAUUAUUAUUUAUUGAAAUGUUGUCGUUUUGUUGACGGGGCGUGGUAAUUGAUCCGAACUAUACAGGGUACUAACUCGAAUAAUCAUUUGGAUCGGUUUCAAUACAAUCUCUGAGUCGCGUUUUAGCGGCUUUGUUAGUGUAAGCGAGAGUUUAGAACGAAGUGUAAAUAUGUUCUGAAUUUCUUAUGUACAGAUCUCCAAGUACAUUGUAAAUAGAGUGAUUUGUUGAAGAACCAAUCUUGUUAAUUUGUAAUGACGAAGAUGAAUAAAUAUUAUUAUAUUUAUA